AUGAACAUGACUAGCAUUCCUUCAGCAAUAUCAGACACCAUUCUGAACAUGACACUCUUGGAUCUGGUGCCUCACUUCCAAAGUUUCAGCCCAGGGGACUUUGCCCUGUGGUUCCAGACUUACCUUUCCUUCUUCCUUCCUGGGAUUGGUCCAAACACCCUGUCGAUCAUCCCCAUGAACAUCAGCUGUGACUCCUACAGAGAGAUAGUGAAAGGACUUGAUAAUGUGUACAGUGACCUCUCUGCAACACAGUCCGACACUGUCUUCAAUUACACACAAGACUAUCUCAAGUACCAGUCCAGCCAAGGCCUGAGCUGCUACGGCAGAGGAAGCUUCUACGUGUUCCUGAAACAGAUGUUCCUCAAUUUUGGAUUCCCUGACCUGAAAGAUUUCCUGUCUCUGAUCCCAGCUGACCGACAGGCAGAGCUUUUGUGCUCCAUCUCUCCGGAAGAACUCAGCGAGUUUCUGAACAGGCCAAACACAGUCAUUGAUGGUUCUGAGCUCUGCACACUCCUCAACAACUACAAUAGAACCAAUCAAUACCUGGAGAUGGGGUCUGUUUUAUCCUCAGCUUUGGCCAGCCACACGUUGGGGUGUGUGUGGCCUCGUGCUCUCAAUGCCUCGUCUCAGGCUGAUGUAGAACAGUGGUUUAAUGUCACCCUGGUUCACUACCUGCCCUACCUCAGUUCUCAGCUCAUCAGCUCUGCCCAGCUCAGUGGCGCCUCCUGUCUGUCAUACAGGAAACUGUGAGUAUUUGUUUGAUGUACCAUUACACAGGGUUGUCAGCACAAACACUGCCCCCUGUCUCUUGGCUAAAAAAUUGAGGAUCUGUACUAAAAUCACUUCUAUAUGUAUAUAUGUAUGUAUGUAU